GUUGUCGUGUGGAUAGCUUUAAUCACUGGUUAUGUUCAAAAUUCACAACCUAAGGUGGCUGUUGCGGUUUUGGGAGACGUGUUCUUUUCCUUCAAAUUUCACUCUAUCAAUUGCUUUGAAUGCCUGUUCUUCUUUGAAGUCUAUUGCAUUGGGGAGACAGUUCCAUGCCUUCAUUCAUUAAAUACCGGAUCAGUUAUGACUCCAGUAUUGGAAAUGCUCUUUGUUGUUUGUACUCAGAAUUUGGCAGCUUGGACUCUUCGGUCAAAUCAUUUCGCGAGACAGGAGAAAAGGAUGUAAUUUCCUGGACUAUGAUUCUAUCUGCUUGUGGUGACAAUGGCAGAGCAGGAAUUAAGACUUUUCAUUGAAAUGCUUCUUGAGAAUGUCGAACCGACGCUAACUAGUGUGUUAAGCUUGUGCAGCACAAUAUAAUCUUUGGAUCUGAGGGUGCAGGUUCAUUCAUCGAGCACUAUACUUGGCCAUGAAUCAAACCUGCACGCAUCUCAAAUUCUCUCAUGCAUUUUUACCUUAAAUGUGGAUACAGUGAUGAGGCGAAGAAUUUGUUUGAUGGAAUGGAAUACAAGAACUUGAUUACGUGGAAUACAAUGAUUGCAGGUCAUGCACAAGCAAUGGAUCCUGCAAAGGAUAAUUUUUCAGCACAGCACUCAGCAUGUAUUUGAUGUUGAAUCUCUCCGGCAGGAAACCUGAUCUAUUCACCUUGUCGAGUAUCUUAACAGCAUGCAGUAGGUUGGCAGCCUUAGAGCCAGGGGAACAAAUACAUGCCCAGACUAUGAAAUGGGUAGUUUUUAUCAGAUGUAGUUGCUGGAACUGCACUUGUGGAUAUGUACGAUAAGUAUGGGAGCAUUGAGAGGACAAGAAAAGCUUUUCUGGAGAUCUCUAAAAGAACUUUGAUAUCCUGGACUAGUAUAUGAUCACAAGUUUCGCACAGCUGGGUGCAGCUUUUUGAAGACAUGAGGCUAGCUAGAUUCAGACCAAACCAGAUUCUUUGUGUGGGCGUUCUGGCUGCUUGUACCCAUGCUGGAGUGGUCGACGAAGCAAAUGAAUAUUUCGAGAUGAUGCAAAAGGAAUACAAAAUUAAGCCUGUAAUGGUCCAUUAUGGAUACUUGGUUGGCAUGUUUGUGAGGCUGGGUUGGCUGGAUGAAGCUUUUGAUAUCAUCAAGAGAAUGGAUGUAGAGCCAAACGAGUUCAUAAGGUUGCUCUUGAUUGCAGGGUGUACGAAGCAUGGGAAUGCAGAACUGGGUUUUUAUGCCGCUGAAUUGUUACUCAAGCUCAAGCCCAAAAAUACUAAAACUUAUGUCAUGUUGCUAGAUAUGUACAUCUCUGCAGAGAGGUGGGACGAUGUUUCUAUAUUUGAGAAAAUUGAUGAAUGAGGAGAAAAUCGGAAAGUUAAAGAACUGGAGUAGGAUCAGCAUUAAGGGAGAGGUUCAUUCUUAAAAAAAAU